AUGUUCAGGAUAGUCAAAACACAUAAAUAUGCGAAAAUAUACGAAGUUCUUUCAAAUCGUGUACAUUUGAGGCGAUAUUUUCUAUCAUCACAUCGGAAGAUGCAAAUUUGUGAUGCAAUUUGUGCGAAGCCGACAUUCAAGAGUCAGGGACAACACAAGGUCACUGCCAGAUAUUAUAUCUGGUUCCUAGGAGAAUUACUUGUUAUGCUAUUGGUGACAGCUGGCUUCAUCGUCUUAUUUGAACUAAAGAAUGAGAUUUCCAAGUUCUUCAAGGAUAAAUACUAUAUAGUGUUUAUUAUUCUAUCAGUUUCCGUCAUUCUAAUACUUAUCUUGUUAUUCGUAAGAAAAGUUCAAUCGAAAUAUAUCGCUGUUCUUAUAAUCCUUGGCAGUGUAACUCAGCUAUUCUGCAUUCUGGCGGUAGUUUACUCUGCUUUAUUCAUACUUAUCAUCAUGUUUAUUUGUCUGAAUAUGAGGAGUUGGAUUAUAUGGUGUAUGAGAAGUGAUAACCCAGAAAAUCACAAGAAUUCAAAAUCCGCAGAAUUUUUCGAUGAUUCUACAGUCGAAUACAAUACGCGAACGAUUAAAGACCUGAAUCUAUCUAUGCGCUUAAGGAAUAACAGUCAACGAAUGCUGUCAUAUACAGAUUAUUGA